GCCUUCAAAGCUCAAACUUUGACGCGGUACUUUCUUCAUUCUCGCAAGCAAACCGAAGCCAGACGCCAUUGGGGAUUGGAACUCGAAAUCUGAGCAGAUCCCCCCGCCGCCCGCCGCCGCCGCCGCCGCGAUGGAGCCGCCUCCACCGCGACCCUCCGCGUCCUCGAAGCUCCGCCUCAUGUGCAGCUACGGCGGCCGCGUCGCCCCCCGCCCCCACUCCAAGUCCCUCUUCUACCACGGCGGCGAGACCCGCAUCGUCACCGUCGACCGCGCCUCCUCCUCCGCCGCCGCCGCCUCCCUCCCCGCCCUCGCCUCCCACCUCUCCGCCGCCCUCUCCGUCGCGCCCCCCUUCGCCCUCAAGUAUCAGCUCCCCGACUCCGACCUCGACGCCCUCAUCUCCAUCUGCACCGACGACGACCUCGCCGUCAUGAUGGACGAGCUCGACCGCCUCUCCUCGUCGUCGGACCCCGGGGCUAGGCCCUCCCGCAUCAGGCUGUUCCUCUUCCCGACGAGGCCCGAAUCUGGAUCCGAGUCGGCUCAGCCCUCCGUGCUGUGCCACCCCAAGACCGAGACCUGGUUCAUCGACGCGCUCAAGGGCGCGAGGAUCGUGGGGAAGGAGGACGACUUCGAUCACAGCGGUGGUGCCGAAUCGGUGGUUCUCGAGACGAGCUCGUCUUUCGGGUCCACGUCGUCGUCGGUUUCGCUGUCGAAUUUGCCUCCGCUUGUGGCUCAUGUGGACGAGCUGGGAGCUAAGAAUCAUCCCCAAGAUUCAAUGGCAAGAGAUUGUAGCAGUGUUGCGAGUGCCAAUUCAAACAUGCAGACCGGACCCUAUACUGUCCCUGUUGCACAUGUUGCAUCCCUGCAGACCCAGACUUCUGCGAAUACUCUCGAAUCGAAAAGCUGGACCUUUUGUUCCGGUGCUCAGCCAUGUACAACUAUUCCAGUUUCUGGUUAUCCAGUGACUCCUCAAUUCGAUCAGAUGCAACAUGUCCAGUUUUUUCCCACGGCCUCGCCUUACAUGUCCCAGAACCCUGGUUUUGUAGUGCCCGUUUCACAGUACUAUCCCGUUUAUCAACUGCAGCAACAGCCAUUGUAUUAUGCGCCAAAUCAGUCUUAUCCCACUUACAUGAUGCCUAUGCCUAUGGCCCAGUCACAGAAUCAGCCGAUGCUGGGUCCAUUGCGUGAUGCUCCGGCUAUCACCUCUAGUCAGCCGGCUCCGGAUUUUAGUCCUUUGGUGAAUCCUCAGGUAGCUUAUAAGGAAGUCCCUGAAGCUCUGAGAAAACCGGAAUUAGCUCCGCAGAUUUUCACUACUGUGCAGGGGACAGCACCACUCGCUCAUGUACCCGUUACUGAGAAUAAGCAAAAUCUCAUGCAAAUGAACCAAGUCCGAAAACAUCCUCAGCCCGUCGAUGUAGUGCACGAAGAAACUUGUUAUUAUGAUGAUGAGUAUGUCGACGACCCUGCGCGGCUCCAAAUCUACAAAUCUCAGCCACUACCUCCAACAUUGCCUUCUCAGUACCAGACCAUGACUGAGGCGAAUACUUUAUUGCUGACAGAGGCGUUGGCCCAGUUGAAUACUGAUCGCAUGAAGCAACAGAGUAAAACCUAAAUGCCACGGUGAGGCAUUUCAAGUGAAAGAAUAUUUAGGUUUCAAUAGAAGUGUUGAUGUUUCUCAGACUUUUCUUCUGUGCCACUUGUAUGAAGCAGUGUUUUUGUGUUCACUGUGACAAAAAUAAAUAUUACAGUUUCACGAGUUACUGAUUA